GACAUGGAUUGGACAGCGUAAAGCCGGAAGGGAAAGGAGGGGUGUGGAAAACCAGCCUGUGUAUGUGGGGACGAGCAGGAGUGAGGACACUGGUGCUGCCCUUGGUUUGGGCUUGUUUUUUUAUUUUAGUGUUGGCAACCCUGUUCGGGGCACCCUGGGAAGGCUGCUGCCUGUGACCACCAUGCAUCCGGCUGUCGCCGUGGGCUUAGUGUUCUCUGGCUGCUGCAGCAAUGUGGUUUUCUUAGAGCUCUUAGCGAGGAAGUUCCCAGGAUGUGGCAACAUAGUGACUUUUGCACAGUUUCUGCUCAUAGCAAUAGAAGGCUUUAUCUUCCAGGCACAGUUCGGAAGGAAGCGGCCUGCUAUCCCAUUAAGGUAUUAUGUUACUAUGGUGGCGAUGUUUUUUACUGUGAGCGUGGUGAACAAUUAUGCACUCAACCUUAAUAUCUCUAUGCCGCUACACAUGAUAUUUAGAUCGGGCUCUUUGAUCGCAAACAUGAUCCUAGGUAUUAUAAUUCUUAAUAAGAGGUACAGUUCAUCCAAGUACUUGUCCAUUGUCCUAGUCUCUAUGGGGAUCUUCAUUUGCACAUUGAUGUCUGCAAAGCAAGUGGCAACCUAUUCAACAUCCAGCAAAGAUGAGGGGUUUGAAGCCUUUCUCUGGUGGCUUUUAGGUAUUGCUGCUCUGACCUUUGCCCUUCUUCUGUCAGCCAGAAUGGGGAUCUUCCAGGAGACACUGUACAAGGAAUAUGGGAAACAUUCCAAGGAAGCAUUAUUUUACAAUCAUGCUUUACCCUUGCCAGGAUUCCUGCUUCUUGCACCAGACAUCUAUAACCAUGCUGUAAUGUUCAGUCAGAGUGAAAUGUUCACGCUGCCGCUGCUGGGAAUCCAGAUGCCGAUCAUGUGGUUUUAUCUGCUCAUGAACGUGAUCACUCAAUAUGUGUGCAUCCGGGGAGUAUUCAUCCUUACCACUGAGUGUCCCUCUCUCACCGUUACCCUGGUCGUCACACUGCGCAAAUUCCUCAGCCUCAUCUUUUCUAUCCUGUACUUUAAUAAUCCUUUUACCACCUGGCACUGGAUUGGCACAUUACUAGUUUUUGUGGGCACACUGCUGUACACUGAGGUGUGGAACAGUAUCCAGGCUGCUUCCAGCAAGUACAGGAAGGAAACAAAGAAAGACUAGGUGUCAUGUUGUGCAGAAUGCUGCAGCCUACAGUGUGCAAUACUGGGAGUGUUCCUUCUAUAAGCUUAUGUCAUUGGAAGCCUCCUAACUGUUGUCUUUUUUCUAUGUACAGGUUUGCUACUGUGAGAAUAGGAAGAUAAUAGGUAGAUAACAAUGGACCCAUUAUGUCAUUGUAUCACUGCUCUUCGAUUUCAAUUCUAGGUGAUUUUAAUGACUGACUUGCAUAGAAGUAGAAGAACCUGUAACCAGGCAUCUUGGUGUGACUGGGGAGGGAGCGCGUACUGUAGACUGAGCCGUCUGAAAAUUAUUUGGUUAGUUUCAAUGAUGAAAUGACUCCAUAUUUUAUAUUCUUUUAUGUAGAGGGUACUUGGGGAUGUUUGUGCAGUCACAGAUUUACAGGCCAAUGUUUUGACAAAGAUACAUGUUACAGUCUCAUUUAGACUUUUUUUCUGUUGUCAGUAUUGUUAGUUUCAUAGUAUUUACAUAAACUGAGUUAAGUUGGUUACACACUAUAAGAUAUAUUGCCACCGAUCAGAACAAUAUAUCGUACACAUUUUAUCCAGUCGUCAUUCAUUGAAUCGUCCCAUUGGAAGUGCUGCCCAUCCAAUGGAACGAUUCCACGUCUGCCGCGGUGUUACAUGCAGCAUGUAAUGAUACAUUGCAUGGUUGUACACAGGGCUACCAUCGGAGGACUGCCGGGACUCCAGUCCCAUGCCCUGACCAUGAGGGGGCCCGCAUAGCAGUGGUGUGGACUGGACUGCACCACAGGCUGCCAUAGAGGGGCAGCGGUGCCAGCAUUUUGAAUUUGCAGGGCAGGUGUGGUCCCGACCCUGCCGCGGUUGUGCUUGGGGACACCACCUGGUGUUUUGUAACCUUGUCCUGGGAGUGGCUACCGGCGCCCAGAACGGUAAGUUUUGACAGUCUUGGGCCCCACGGUUUCUGAAAGCAUCCCUGAUUGUUCACCAGACCAUUUACUGUGUAUGGCAUAUGCGAUGUAUCAUUGCAUUGCAUCACUGGAUCGCAAUGUCGCAUGGUGUGUACCCAGCUUUAGAAUACCUGUAAUAAAGAGAAAGUAUGAAACUACAAGAUCAUGGUUGACAGUUCUGUCCCAGGUGGUGCGUACAGUACACAGAUCUACCGUCUUUUCUAGUCAUGUAGAAUGUGUACUCUUUCUUGAGGCACCAUUGUUAUGGCUUCUUAUAGGGAUUGGUCUGCACAGCAAGUGUACAUAUUUGCUGCACCAGGAUUUACUUCUUUUAUUUUCUGAAUUUUUCUGGCCAGUAUUAGUCCGUUCUCAGUAGUACUAAUAAAAUGCAACAGACUACCUGUGAUAGCUGCUAAGAGCAAAUGGGUCAUGGGUAACUGUGCUCCGUCCCAGCGGCAUGUCUGCAGUCCUCUUCACCAAUAAUGUAUGGUCAUUCUGUCAUACCAUAAUUUGGAUUCUUAACCUAGUUCUUUUAUUUGGGAGGAGGAAUAAUGCUUUUUAUGGGUGUUUUGCGCCUUCCAGUUUUUAUUUGAUGAUUUUUAUGUACACAAAUACUAAUACAAUAGAAACAUUUAAAAUACACAACUGUGAUGCAUUAUUAAAGUAGGUCCCAUUGUCUGCUCACUGAAGAUAUUUUUAAAUCUAUACACUUUUAGUUUUUUGGGAUUAUUUUUUUUUAGUAGAAAAAAACGUAAGUGGAGGGGGUAGUAAUGAAACGGAGAUGGACAAGAAUCUGUAUUAGCCAGCAUAUAGCAAAUAGCGUAUUCUUAUAGUAGUUAUAUACAGUACUUUUUCACAUGUGUGCUGAAUUGAAGUUUUCUAUUUUUGUGUAAUUCUGUGCAUGCAGAUGAUAACACCUUGUAUAAAAAUGUCAUUUAAAAUGGUCUCCCAAAUGUGUUGGGUAUGGCUUACCGGCGCUGGGGAUCCCGGCGGUCAGUAUACCAACCGCGAGAUCCUGCCAGCAGAAUGCUGGUGGGGGAAGCAAGCACAACCAAGCCCUUUGCGGGCUCGGUGGCGAGUUGUGCUCGCAACAGGUGCUAUUCCAAUUCUGUGUGUCGUGGACACCCACGAGUGGGAAUAGUCCCUGCUAGUCGGCAUUUAGAGGCCUUUGCAUAACUACAUCCCUCUCAAACUACAGAAGCACAAAACCAAGCUGUCCGAACAUUAUUUAACUGGAAAUCAAGCAAGAAAAAUCCACCCUAGUAGAUUGCUGUGGAAACUGACAGCGCAAGCAGUCUGUUGAGAGUUCUUAUUACAGGGUAUCAUUCAUCUCUGGAAAUAGUUUUUCGAAAGGUUCAAAUCUAGACCAAAAACUUACACUGUAAAACUCCUCUCUUCAUCGGUUAAAGUUGCGUUUUCUGUCCAAGUAGAAGUUUGUAAACAAAGUAAUAACGCCUUAAACUGUUUAACCAAACCCCUCCAUCAUUAUAACAGAUAGCCCUGUAAAUGUAAGACAGAUGGGGCAAAUGUCAAUUCUUCAUUAUGUUUCUUCCUCUUUAGGUCAAAUGUUAUGCUGUCUAUAUGCACUCUCUCUGCACAUGUUACAUCUGCCCCACCUGCACUGCACAUGGUUUUGCCCAUUACCUAACAAAUUUGCUGCUGCGAUCAGGUCUGAAUUACGCCCACAAUCAGCUUCAUAAUAUAGAAUGUAUUAGCAUGGAGAUCUCCUUUUGUCCUGUCUUUGACCUUCAGGCUGUCCAGUGAUCAGGUUUUCUCUAAGUGCAGAUGAUCUGAACAUGGAUAAUUAUUUUGCUGCCAUGGAAUAAGUACAGUUAUACAGGGUUUUACAGUGGACAAGAAUAUUUUCUCUAUGGUCUUCAUGUUCAUAAGCAGAUAUGAUUUUAUAUGCGGUAUUACACAAAAUGACAUACUUUUUGAAUAUCUACCUUAAAUGGAUAAUACGGGGCUCCCUCAUAGCUGCACACAAGUCCUUCUGCGGAGGGAUCUUGUGAUUUAUUUAUUUAUUGUUUGCAAUGUGAAUGCUCCAUAGCUGACCAUAUAGACUUUGCACAACUACAGUAUACACAAUUCAUAGUCGUACGCAUCUCAGCCACUUGUGGGUGUAACGGGGCGUUUGCAUGUAGGCCAAGUGUUCUGUGGGCAUGUAGGUGGAAUUCAAGGCUACUGAGACUUAAGCACACACACAGAUGCAUCUGAUUUUACUAGACACAGUAUAGGGAUAGUGCAAAUGUACACUAAGGGGUAUAUUUACUAAAGUGCAGGUUUAUAGAAGGUGAGAUGUUGCCCAUAGCAACCAAUCAGAUUCUAGCUAUUGUCUUCUAGAAGGUGCUAGAUAAAUGGUUAGUACAAUCUGCUAGGUUGCUAUGGGCAACAUCUCCACUUCUAUAAACCCACACGUUAGUAAAUAUACCCCUAAGGGCCUGACUGCAAACCACACUCAAUGUUAAUGUUAACGCAGCUGAGCGAUUAUUUGCUGUUGCUUUUUAUGGUGGAAGUUGCAGCACCAACUGGAUGUUCUGCAUUUAUCCUGCUAUUCGCUUCUCUCACUUUUACAUCUAUCCUAAAUCUCCUCUGUUUUUAAUCUCCCUACAUCUCAGUGCUUUGUUUCCUUUGCACAAACAGAACAGUGCAGCUCGGGCAAUAUUUCCUCACAACUCUGAGGUCUCAGGUUUGAUUCCCUCCAAGACCCUAUCUGGGUGGGGUUUGUAUGUUCUCUGUACUUCAGUUCUCCCCCCACAAUCCACAAACAUACUGGUAGGUUAACUGGAGUCUGACUGAAAACUAACCCCUGUGUUAUGUGUAUGUGUCAAUAAAUAAUCUGUGCAGGGAAAAUAUAGGUGGGCCCAGUGUCUAAAGGCUGGUAGUGUACACACUAAGCCAGGCAUGUCCAAACUGUGGCCCUCCAGCUGUUGACAAACUACACAUCCCAGCAUGC